AUGGAUUCUAUGGGCUUUGGUACCAGCACCUUGGACAUGUCCAGCAUGCCAACCAUGCCCCCGAUGUCAGGAAUGGGGAACCAUGACAGCGUGUCUAACGCAACUGGCGUAUCCAACAUGCCUGGUAUGGAGGGAAUGGACAUGACCUGCAAAAUCUCAAUGCUCUGGAACUGGUGGACUAUCGAUACAUGCUUCCUGUCAAGCUCUUGGCACAUUCGCUCUCGCGUUAUGUUUGCCGGCUCUUGCGUCGGGGUGAUCUGCUUAGUUCUGUGCCUGGAGCUGUUGCGCCGAGUAGGCAGGGAGUAUGACGCCUUUAUUUUGCGACGAGCUCAGCUUCGCAAGACAUAUCUUUCCGUUUCCUCGUCCGAUUCGGUUUCUAAGCAGCCCAACGUAAUUGGUUGUGACUGUCCCUGCGCGCCCUCCUCUGCCGUUAAUGAAAGUGAUGUCAUCAUGGCUGCUGCCGACAAAGAUGUUUCGAACGGAAAGAUGAAUAAAUCCAAGAUUGCGGCGACAGAGAACAAUGCUUCUCGACUUAAAGAGCCUCAUGCUGACGGUUCCUACCGUCCAUCCCCGCCCGAACAAGUCGUGCGCGCUUUUUUGCAUACGCUACAGUUCGCUGUUGCAUACAUAAUAAUGCUUCUGGCCAUGUACUACAACGGAUACAUCAUCAUCUCCAUUUUCAUCGGUGCCUUUCUGGGAUCGUUGAUCUUUUCGUGGGAGCCCGUUUCCCUUAACAAGGAGUGA